AUGCCCCGAUCGUUUCGCUCUACAUGUGGCUUCAUCCGGUCACCUCAUCGCCCUCACCUCAUCUGUUCCGUCCUUCCACUCAUUCCAUCCCACCAACACCCACCUCGUUCAACCCAAUCAUCAUCGCUGACCGACGCGCCCCUUCCCCGGGCCAACAGCUUCUUCAAGACCCUCAUCGACCAGUCCGUCACCGUCGAGCUCAAGAACGACAUCAAGGUGACGGGCACCCUCAAGUCGGUCGACCAGUACCUCAACAUCAAGCUGGACGACAUCUCGGUCCACGAGGAGCUGCGCUACCCGCAUCUCAGCGCCGUCAAGAAUGUGUUUAUCCGCGGCUCCGUCGUCCGCUAUGUCCACCUGCCCGCCAGCGCUGUGGACGUUACCCUGCUUGAGGAUGCUGCAAGGAGAG